GGCCGGCAGAGGGACGCGGAGAAGGAGGCAGAAGAUGGCGGCGGGCGGCGGCGCGGCGAGGCGCUGUUGGCGGAGUGGCGCUGGGCUGGCCCAGGCGGUGCGUAGCGUCUGCGGGAGCGGACGGGCGACGGCGGCUCUGCGGGCGGAGGAGCUGGCGGAGCGGCUGCGGAAGAGCGAGGAGCAACAGCGAGAGCGCCCCUGGAGCCCCCUUAGGCACUGGAAGGGGCUCUAAGCUCUCCCUGGAGCAAUGAGCCAGCAGCUGCAGCAGGUUCACCCCAACGUCCUGGCCAAGAUCCUUAAGGAGAGAACUCUAUAUCAGAAUGGAGAGAUUGUGGUGAUAGACAAACCCUACGGGCUCCCUGUGCACGGCGGCCCCGGCAUCAAGAACUGCAUCGCUGAUGUGCUGCCCAUUUUGGCCAAGAUGCUGGAGAACAUGAAAGCUGAGCCCCUCCACCUCUGCCACCGGCUGGACAAGGAGACCACGGGUGUGAUGGUGCUGGCACGGAGCAAGGAGGCAGCAGAGAAGAUCCGUCUGCUCUUCAAAACCCGUCAGGUGGAGAAGAUCUACUGGGCAAUUGUCCUGGGGGACCCGGACCCUGUUGAGGGCGUUGUGGAGAUCCCCAUCGUGGAAAAGGAGGUGCAGAGCCACCAGUCCCACUACAAGAUGACGCUGGCUCCCAACUACCGCCUGCGUCCGGAGGAUGGGAAGGCGGUGAAGGCCCGCGGGAACCGGCACGCCGAGCGCGCGGUGACGCGGUACCGCCGGCUGGCCGCCGCCUCCGCCUGCUCGCUGCUGGAGCUCCAGCCCAUCACCGGGGUGAAGCACCAGAUCCGGGUUCACCUGGCUUAUGGCCUGGGGUGCCCCAUCCUGGGGGAUCACAAAUACUCUCACUGGAGCAAACUGGCGCCCCAGAAGCUUCCUGAGCUCACCCUGAGGAGGCUGAAGCUGGAGCAGAGCAAGGCUCGGCACCUGCCCCUGCACCUGCAUGCCCACCGCCUGUGCCUGCCCCUGGGCCAGCCCUUAGACUUUGUCUGCAAGCUGCCCCUCUUCUUCCAGAAAACACUGAAGAAGCUAGAGCUGGACAUCCCUAAGGAUUGACGAGGCAGGAGUGGAAUGGUGCCAUGCAUCUCGACAUCUCCAGCACGUGGCAGCAGCUGUGCCCACCUUGGAGCCGGUGGUGGGGUGAAGCCUGCAGUCUCUGCGCUGGUGCUGAUGCUGCUGGAUUCAGAGUGGGUGCCUACAUGUGCUUCUGGCCCAGGAAAGCAGCUGGACACACUGAGGAGCCUCUAGUUGAGACAAACAAGGCUGGAUGAAAGUUGGGCUUUGCCUGAUUUGUGUUUUGAACUUGUCUCUGGGCAAUAAAAGCUCCAGUUCCCUUGA